GAAAAUAGAACAAGAUUUUUAUAAAACGCAUGCACAAAUGAUCACAGUGAAGUAAUUAUUCAAGCAAAAUCCACACAUCUGAGAAUUGAUUUUCAUACCCUAAAUAAUAAAACUGAGAUUAUAAGGGCUGCUGUAAAGAUCGAAAAUAAUGCUGCAUAUAAUGUGAAGAAAAUCAUUGGAGACCCAACCUAGUGUUUUUAUAACGAGAUUCAUUUCUGGUUACAUUUGCUCUACAUAUUUCAGGUUUGUGCAGGAAGAAGGAGGCUGCUCCGUCAGUAUCUCACUGGUGAUCACUAAGAAUAACCGGGCUCACCGUGGGACUGGCCUGGACCAGCCUCACAUUCCCACGACCCCUCCUCUACUCACAGAGACAAAUGAAAACACAGGCUGCAGAGGCGCUCCGGCAGAGGCGCAGGGAGGCGUGCAGAGUGGCUUUGCACCACUUUUAGUAAGACUGUUUUUUACUCUAAAAGCUUCAUUUCUGGCUCUGCAGUGCGCGCUGUUGCGCUGCUCACGGGCACACGGUAUGAAAAACGUCGUAAUGUGAGGAGGAAAACACGGGGAAAGUCAGUAUUUAACGCACGGAGUGGGAGGAAUAACGAAACUCAGGGUUUGUUUGAUUUUUUUUUAUCAUGCCGAGGAUCCCGUUUCUGCUUCGGAUUUACCUCCAAGACAAGUUUGAAGCCAGAGGAUGACAGCAGCCAGUCCUCCCUGCAGCCCCACCUCCUCCCUCUCCUCCCAGUCCUCACCUGGUUGCCUCCCAGCAUGCCAAAGGCACCUGAAGAAAGGCAGAGCCCUCCACACCACCCUGCCCCUGCGCUCCGCCCCGGGGGUGUGGCUCCUGCUGGGUGUGGUGGUGGUCCUGGUGGGGAUGGCUGUGGCGGUGGCGGGCUACGUGUCCUCGCCACCGAAGCCCGUGGUGAGCGGGCGCGGCUCCACCCACAUUGAGAGGAUGAAGCUGGCCGGGCCCGUCGUCAUGGGAGUGGGCCUCUUCAUCUUCAUCUGCGCCGCCACGCUGCUGUACGAGAACCGGGAUCUGGAAGAAGUCCUCAGACGGGGGACGUGCGAUGACCUGGAGGAUCUGAAGGGGGGAGACGGCUGGGAGGAUUCACAGGAGCAGCCCAGCUUCAGCUGUCAGGAGCAGUGGGAGGAGAAAGAGGGGGGGCAGUGGGCCGCUCCAACCCACACACUCCCCCUCUCGGACCAGAACUGUGGGACGCCUCACAGGAACACACACACCGUCAGCGGCAGGCCGUCACCGCCGCCUCCUCCUCCGGAUGCGGGAGAUAGAGAGGAAGAGGAGGAUGAGGAGAAGGAAGGAAGAUCAACCCUUCUGGCCCGAGUCCUCCACCACAAGGAGCCGACUCCUCACCCUCCCUCCCCCUGCCCCUCCAUCUCCCACUCCUCAGUGUACUCAGACUCUUGCAACUCCAGUGAAAUUAACUUCAACAUACGGACAGGCCUUCCUCAACACUGAACUCAUAACAUGUGCAUGAUGAGAUUCUUUGGAGGUUUCACGUGCGGACACACACUUAAAACGGGACUUUGGUGUCUUCAAUAAACAGAUGAAAUGUUUGGUGGUAUGUUUUAGUGCCUCCGAGUGGCGCAGUGGGUCUGACUCACUGUCUGUGAAGGGUGUUUUUGUCCUACAUCGUUCUCUGACUCACCCACGUUUGAAAGAUUUGGCGCUGUGGUGUUUGAUGUCAACUCGCCAUCUUGUUGUCUUUGAACUCACCCAUGCCUGAAAUCCCCAAAAGCCACUGCUUGUUUGACCAUAUUUGGACGUGAGGAGCAUUGCUGAAAACUUAUUUAGGUGCUGGGAGACGGACCAACUCACACACACACACACUCUCUCACACACACAUGCAGAUGUACUGCGUCUACAUUUACUCACUAGAGAUAUUUUGGUUAAGAGUAUGAGCACGAUGAGGUCUUAAAUGACUCUUUAUCUAAUCUCACACAUUCUGUAAUCUAGUCUUUAUCUAGAGGAAAUUGUGUCUGUGUAAACAAGAGAAGUGCACAAGGCCACACUCCUCUCACUCGACACCUACAGCCCCGCUAUAAAUACCAGCUGCUGCACUGUACACAUGCAACUUUCAGUGUUUGACUGUAAUUCAACUUUUUUUUUUGUAUUCAGCUGCUCAGUUUCUUUUCCUUUUCUCGAGUGUGGUGAGGCGAGAUCUUAAAGAAUGUCAAUCAGAUGGUGGAUAGAAGAGAAAAGAGCAAUGACUGGGAAAAAAGAAAACCCUGUUAGGCUGCUAUGACUUAUUCCUGACGCAGUUUAACUGAGAAAAGCGGUCCUGUGAGUCGUGUAACUGAAGCCUCACACUCCCACCAUCCCAACCUUUCAUCUCCUCUCGCUUCAUCAUCUGAUUCCUACGCUUUAUUCAAAUACCCCAUCCUCCAGCUCAAGCCUUGGCUGCUGAAAUAUAGAGCAAAUACAAUGCAGAGGGAAAUGUUUUUGGGUCCAAUUAAGCAAAAGUCUGAGAGGUAAAUGGGGUAGGAUUUUAAUUAUCGCCAGCGUUUUCUCCCCCAGCCUUUAAUUACGCAGGGGAUCAGUCUGAAGGUUUUUAUAGGUUCUUUAGGACUGCAGAGUAUUUCCUUGUUGUUCUGGCCCAUGCUGAGAUACUGCCAUCCAGAUGACGACUGAGACUGAAGCUUACAGUCAUUUGCAGACACACAUUUCCCUGAAAGCAGCACCCACCUCCCUCUCUCUCACACACAGGGUUUAUGUCAGUACAUUAUGCUGUUUUCAGACGCUAGAUGUUUAUUUCAGUGGCAGGUACGAGUCGGGGAGAUGAGUCUGAAUCCUGCAACAGGCUGCAGCUUCAUCACACCCUCUCUCUCCUCACUCUCACACAUACACGAGUCCUUCUCACUGUGAGAGAUGCUCUGAUGUGUUUACAUUCAGGAGGGAACCCUGCAGGAUGUCAGAGCUGCAACCAAAGAUUAUUCAUCAUGAAUCUGCAACUUGUUUUCUGAUUAUCAUGAAAUAUUUGUGUCUACACUUAAUGGCCAGUUUAUAAUCUAGGUAAAAUGCAGUUUCAUUGGACAUUACUGCAAUAAAUCAUACUUUUAU